AUGGCUGUUGAUGCCCUAACAGACAAUUCCCUCCCCGCAUCCUCUGAUUCCGGCAUCAAGGUUGCUUUCACCUAUUACUCUUUUCGAUCUGACUUCCCUUUCUCGCUUCUUGCCUUUUUUGCAGGUUAUUGUGAGGGUGAGGCCUUUCUCGCUUAUGGGCUUUUCUUCUUCUCCUUCAUCCUGGUUCGAAUUUGCGAAUGCUGGUGGCACGAGGAGGCGACAACGACAUUUCGGGUGGAGGCUCGUCGUCGAGGUGGGAGGCGUCCUUUCCUUCCUUAUUCCUGGUUCGUUCACGCAUGGAGAGGAAGCGAUUUGGAGGCACCGUGGUCACGACAAAGCGUCUCCGCGGCGCAAGGGAGUUUCACGGCAAAGCGUCUCCGCAUCGCCAUUAUUGCUGCAGAGACCUAUAUAAGAACAUUUCAUGACCAUUGUCUUCCACUCCAAUUCCUGACAUCCCCCUCUCUCGCAUUCAUACUAAAACAAUCACUUUACAUACUCAUUAUUCCGGAACUGGCAAACUCGAAUUCACAGAAACCAUGGCUACACGAUCAAGAAGAUCGCAACAAGAGAACCAUAACGGACUUAUACAAAGCCAUAACCUCAGAGGACACCAACACAAUGCACCGUCUUCUAGCCCCAGACUUGGAGUGGUGGUUCCACGGCCCACCCUCCCACCGCCACCACCUCAUUCCUCAUCUCACCGCCGCCACCACCUCCUCUUCCUCCUCCAAGCCUGUGCUGGUUCCUGACCUCAUCGUUGGCUUCGGAUCAGUGACCAUCGCUGAAGGGUUCGACGAGACCAACUUGGUGUGGUGGGUGCACGCGUGGACCACCACCGCAGACGGCGUCAUCACGGAAAUUAGGGAGUACGUCAACACCUCCGUGACCGUCACCAGGCUCGGCUUCCAUGGCUCGGACGAUGUUGUUGCUUCUGCCAUGUGUACAAGCGUUUGGCAGAGCAAGCUUUGCGACGAGUCUGUUCCAGGACUCAUUCUCGCCAUCUAGUGAAGUGAAGUUCUAAAAGGGUUGGUUGGUUGGUUGUUUCUGAAGUUCCCUAUAUAUCUGUCAGUGUAGUGUUGUGUGACUUUUAAGUUGAAUGAAAGAAUCUUCUUGUU